CCGUGAGCAUCCCGGCGGCAGGGACCUUGGCUCGUCCCACGGAGGGCGUGACCCUUAGGGAAGUGAAGUAGGAAACCCCGUGCGCCCCUGAACUGGGAAGUCGUCACAAGAGUUUUUGUUAUGAGAUGUUUGGGUUUCGUCGCUUUUGGUAGUGGCAUCUUUCCGGAUCAGGAGGCCAGCUUUCUUACUAGCAAGAAGGCUCACUUUGUGCUCAACAUUGCUUGAAUAACCUGUUACAAGGAGAAUACUUCAGCCCUGUGGAAUUAUCUUCAAUUGCACACCAGCUAGAUGAGGAAGAGAGGAUGAGAAUGGCAGAAGGAGGAGUUACUAGUGAAGACUAUCGCACAUUUUUGCAGCAGCCUUCUGGAAAUAUGGAUGACAGUGGCUUUUUCUCUAUUCAAGUUAUAAGCAAUGCCUUGAAAGUUUGGGGUUUAGAACUAAUCCUGUUUAACAGUCCAGAGUAUCAGAGGCUCAGGAUCGAUCCCAUAAAUGAAAGAUCAUUUAUAUGCAAUUAUAAAGAGCACUGGUUUACAGUUAGAAAAUUAGGAAAACAGUGGUUCAACUUGAAUUCUCUCUUGACGGGUCCAGAACUAAUAUCGGACACAUACCUUGCACUUUUCUUGGCUCAGUUACAACAGGAAGGUUAUUCUAUAUUUGUUGUUAAGGGUGACCUGCCAGACUGUGAAGCUGACCAGCUCCUACAGAUGGUCAGGGUCCAACAGAUGCAUCGACCAAAACUUAUUGGAGAAGAAUUAGCACAACUCAAAGAACAGAGAGUCCAGAAAACAGAUCUAGAACACGUCUUAGAAGCAAAUGAUGGAUCAGGAACGUUAGACGCAGAUGAGGAGGAUCUGCAGAGGGCUCUGGCGCUAAGUCGCCAAGAAAUUGACUUGGAAGAUGAAGAAGCAGAUCUCCGCAGGGCCAUUCAGCUCAGCAUGCAAGGUACUUCCAGAAAUAUAUGUCAAGAUAGUCCACAGACGUCAGGUACACAUCUUACUUCAGAAGAGCUACGGAAGAGAAGAGAAGCCUACUUUGAAAAGCAGCAGCAGCAGCAGCAGCAGCAAGAUCCACCAGGACAUCCAUGUGAAAAGCCGAACACAAGUUCAGGAGCACUUGACAGUGAUCUAGGUGAUGCUAUGAGUGAAGAAGACAUGCUUCAGGCAGCUGUGACCAUGUCUUUAGAAACUGUUAGAAGUAAUUUCAAAACAGAAGGAAAAAAAUAAUACCUUUCACAAAUCAUUUAGAUAUUCAGUCUUUCCAAUAUUGUCCUGUGUGUUUACAGCAUAGGGUCCAUUUUGGUAAUGUGUCAAAGAGAACAAUUUUCAACAGAGGAAAUAAGACUUAGGUGGUUUGCAAACAAAAAGCUGAGAGGGUGAAAAAUACAUCAGUUGUAGGACUAAAUAAUGAUCCUCCAAACACUAGCCAAAGAGGCAUUCAGCAAUUAAAGAAAUUUAAAAUAGUUUUCUAAAUGUUCUUUUUUCUUUUUUGAGUGUGCAAUAUCUAACAUGUUUAAAAUUAGGGCAUUUUUCUUGGAUCUUUUUGCAGACCAACUAAUUAUAACCAGCUAUUGCCACAGAACUUUUCCCCCACAUUUUAUCUUCUUUUCCACCCUUCUGCAUAGGGAAUUUGGCUGACUUUCAUCAUCUAAAAGUUGUUCUUAUUUCUCUUUAACCAAAUUAACCUUUUAGGACAGUGUCUCUCCUCUGUGUUGGUAAUAGUAACAGUUCCAGAAGGAUAAGCUGUUUACCCUCUGACUAUGUAUUGUGCACUUGGGUGUUUUCUCAUGUUAUUUUCUCUGAUCACAAUUUCUCUGCUACGUGGUUUUCGUUACUUUCUACAACUCUUUUGAAAGAUGGUAAUGUUUCUUGAGGUUUUGCUUUUUAAGCCCUCUAAGAUGGGAUCAUUAUUUCAUGAUUCUGGUGCAUUCCUAAACUCUGAAAUCAGCUCUGCACAAGUAUUUGAGAAUAAAUGAGAAUUUUGUUAAUGUGUGAGCACAUCCUUUCCCAAAUGCUUUGUGAAUGUCUUCUCAGUUAUGUCAGAACUUUAUAGGUUUGUUGUAACCCUCUUUCCUGCACCUUGUUAUUUCCUUUUCUUUUCCAAUUGAGAAAAAUAGGAGAAGCAUAGUGUGCAAGUUUCCUUCCAUUGCAAAACAACAUCCAGUGCCCACCAUGAAUGUAUGAUAGAGAAAAUUUGGCCUUCAAUUUUAGUAGCAGUUUCAUUUUAUUUUUCCUCUUGUGACUGGAGCUGUCUGUUCUGUUUACAAUUGAGUCACGAAGUGCAGAUGUCUGCUUCUGCUGUACAUCUUUUAGUAGGUAUAGCUUGCCAGAGAUAAUGAUCUAGAACAUGAAAAUAAUUUAACAACAAAACUACAUUUAAAUUUAUACUGUGAUUUAACACGUGCAUCAUGUUUAAAUAGCUUAGAAUUACAGAAGUCACAGUACUUACUGGGUCUGUAAAUAAGAAAGUCUUUAGUUUUGAUAAACAUUCUUUAAUUGGGAUGCAGAGUUUCUUGCUGGGUCAAUGCAGUGGGAUGAUUUUGGUGAAAAUUAAUCAUGUCUUUCUGAAAUGGGCCUUUUAAAUUCUGUCAUCUACUCCCCUUCCUUCAUUCUCCAUCCCCUUUUGAAGCCCUUUUGAAUGUUGAAUUGUUCAUAAGCUAAAAUUUAAGAAGAAAUUUCAGCGGACAACUUAGAAAAUUAAAGUAUGAUAUGUUGCCAUAUCCUGGUGUAUGGCUACACACAUUUUAUCAGGGAAAAAUUUUUGAUGUAGGAUUUAUUGCUAACUGAAAAGAGAUGAAAAACUGCCUUUUAUUUAUGAUUAUGAAAUAGCUUCUUCUUGGAUAGAGACAGAUUUUUUUUUAGUCAUUAUUUUGUGCCAAGUAAGUUUUCUGAAGUUUCCCUUACAUAAAAUUAGAUGGUUUUCUUUUAAAAUCUAAAGUUUUCUUUUGACAAUUGAAAAUGUUUUAGAAGAAUCACAAAACUUUAGAACUACAAGGGAUGCUGGAGUUUGAUACUCCUCCCUAAGAUUUACAAACCAAAAUAUUUUAAGACUGGACAUUUCUGUAGUUAUCCCAAGUAUGCUAGUCAUAUUUUCCAUGGAUAUUUGGCCUGUAUCUUUUCCCAUUGAAAAAUUACGUUAAACUUUUCAUAUAUUUGCAUUGAUGAGCUACCUAAUAUAAAAACGAGAAAUGAAUAUACAUUUAAAAGUUUUAACCUUAAGAGUUAGGGUUAGAGUUAGUUCUUAUAUUACACACCCUUGUUAAAGCACUUAAAGAAAUGUGGCAUGUUGACCUUCGUUUGUUAGGCAUUUUUUUAAAGCAGGGCCGAGCACACACUGGAUAUAUUUGAAUGUGUUUAUUUAGUUGUGAAAUUGUUAUAUUUGGCAGGCAGAUUCAGAAUCACUAGUGAACUGCCAUCUUGUGUGGAUUGGCAUAUAUUUAACUGAACAUUUAGAUUCCAUUUCUUAAUCAGUUGGCCAGUAUGAAAAGAUGCCAAUGCUCAUAACCACAGUAAGAAAAUUUUAAAGUUACACAAAGCUAUAGUUCACACAUCAGGAAGUGCUGUUUACUUUAAACCACCUGCAAGUCAGGAACAAUGAAACUCACAAUAACUGUCCUGCCAAGAACUUUAUUUAUAUAAAGAUUUCCAUUCUGUUUUACCAAUUGGGAACACCUUAAUGUUUAAUAUUUAAACUAUUAGUAUCAUUUUUCUAAUGUAUAAUUUGUAUUACCGGGAUAAAAUACAUACCAUGACAAUGCUAGUAUUAUAAGUAAAGUUUAAACAAGCUUUGGAAAUAACACUUUCAUACUUAAAGAUGUCAUGGAUUUAAUAAGUAGUUAUUUAUGUUUUAAAAAUUCAGAGAAGUUAACAUCUGAUCUAAACCAUCAAUGUGCAUUUUUACAGUAAUUAACAUACGAAUAUUUCAGUAAUGUAAAUUGUUUGAAAAGGUUGCUGCAGGUAAACUGUAUUUCAGCUCUAAGAUCUUGGCCAAAUAAUUUAUAAUUCGCAGAAUAUUUAAGGAGGUGCUUUUUUUCUUUAAAACUUAAUUUUUCUUAAUUAAGACUUUAUUCAUGCCAAAGUUAAUGAGGAAAAACUCAACUAGUUGAGGAUCAUUAUAGGCAAAACUACCCAUAGUCUACAUUGUUUCAUUUAAUAUUAAGUCAAAUAAAGUAAGUUUUUUGCCAGUAAAAGCUUAAGUCACAUUUUUAAUGUCUGCAUGUUUGAUACUAUUUUUAAAUAGUAUCAUGUUAGUGCCAAGAUUUACUAAAUGUCUUAAAAUUGGCCCAUUGGACCUGUGCAAAUUCAAAAAGAUUGAUUCUCAGUGCAUAAGCAAAAUAUAAUGAUAAUAAUUGAAAUAGCCUAGAAUGAAAAAUAAAUCUUGAUGUUUUAAAUUCUUAAGAGGAUUCAAUUAUUAAUAUUGAUGACUUUCUAUUAAAAACUUUAUCUGCAAUUGGAGAGGUUUAUGGCCACUACUUUCAAAGUAAAUUGGUUGUUGUAGCUGGGCCCUAACAAGUAUGGAGAUGUUACAGAUGUGAUCUUAAUUAAGAAAAAUCAGAUUGGAUUAACUAAUCAUUUCAGCAGUGUAAGUAAUUUUUCAUAUUUUCAAAAUAAAAACUUUGCUUCAUUUCUGGUCCAUUUAUAACCAGCAUCUUUUGCUGAAGAGAUGAACCAACAUGUUUUUUAAAGUCUUAUACAUAAAAUAGUUUUGUUCCAUUUUGCUCUCAUGAAUGAGAAGAUUAUUGACAUGGUUGGUUAAUUCUUGAAUUUUUAUCUUUCUGUUUUUUAAUGUGAAGAAAACCUCUGCUGUUUUAAUUUUUUUGCAAAAUGGUCUGGCAUUUUAAGAAUUAAUGCUAGUAACCACUUCUAAAUUUAUAGCAAUUGGCAUGUUUAAUUAUAAUAGUGUAUCAAUAAAUAUUUCAAGACUAUGGAUUCAUAGACUAGAAAUGGGAAGCAUUAGUGAAAUAUAUGUGGAAAUGCCUGAUUCAUUUAGGAAGCACUUCACUUGGCUCCUUCAUAUUUCAAAGGUGAAUGUUUUCAGGAAUUUUUUUUAAAGAGGACAACAUACAUUUGAAUGUGAUUAAUUUCUACAACACUGGACUACUAGGAAUAACUUUUUAAAAAUUACUGUUCUGUACAAAUAAACUUUGAAAUUCAACUACCAGAAAACAUCUGAAGUAAAAAGCAUUCUUUUGGCCAUGACACAAGUGCACUCUGGCAGUGCCAUUUGCUCAGGACCCAACUCUGCAGCCCUACUGUGUGUGCUCCUCUGUCUGAGUUGUUUUGCCGUUAAUACACACACAGGCCUUCCUGUCUGGUCCUUAGAGAAGCCGGGCUUCCAAAGCACUGUUGAACACUGAGGAUACUGUUGUUAAUGUGGAUGUUC